GGAGUGUCGGUCGGUAUUUCAUCAACGUUGCAAUUUGCUUGAAAUACUGAAUGCUAUUAAAUUUGGCUACGUUUAAUAAAAAGUGUAAUACUUAAUUUUAAUAAGUAAUUGUAAAUAAUAAUAAACAAAGUUAUCAGUCAUUUAUAUAUUAGUUUCAAAAAUGGUAGAUAAUCAAAUGAAUAACAUAUCGUUAAAAGAUGAAGAAGACGAUGUUGUAGACCCAUGGAAUGUCUCAACCAAAUCGGAAACCGGACUUGAUUAUGACAAACUAAUAAAAAGGUUUGGAAGUCAAAAAAUAGAUGAUGAACUCAUAGAAAAGUUUGAAAAAGUAACUGGGAAGAAAGCACAUCAGUUUCUCAGACGAGGAAUAUUCUUCUCUCACAGAGACUUGAACACUAUAUUGUCUCUACAUGAGUCUGGAAGGAAGUUUUAUUUAUAUACUGGCAGAGGCCCAUCAUCUGAAAGCAUGCACAUUGGUCACAUGAUACCAUUUAUGUUUACAAAAUGGCUGCAGGAUGUUUUCAAUGUACCUCUGAUUAUUCAGUUGACCGAUGAUGAGAAGGCGAUGUGGAGAGACAUCAAAGUUGAGGAUGCACGCAAGAUGGCACACAGCAACGCGAAGGAUAUUAUUGCUGUCGGCUUUGACCCAUCAAACACAUUUAUAUUUAAUGAUUUGGAUUUUAUUGGGCAGUGCCCAGCUUUCUACCAGAACAUGGUUAGGAUACAGAAGUGUGUGACCUUCAAUCAAGUCAAGGGUAUAUUUGGUUUUGGAGAGUCGGACGUUAUCGGCAAGAUAACAUUCCCCUCAAUAGAAGCAGCUCCGGCAUUCUCAACCACUUUCCCUUUUAUAUUCGGCGAUAAAGUUGUGCCGUGUUUGGUGCCGUGCGCGAUCGACCAGGACCCGUACUUCCGUAUGAGUCGCGAUGUGGCGGCGCGCCUCAAGCUGCCGAAGCCGGCGCUCAUACACAGCACCUUCCUGCCCGCACUGCAGGGCGCACAGCACAAGAUGUCCGCCAGCGACCCCAACGCUUCUAUAUUCCUUAAUGAUACUGCUAAACAAAUCAAGAACAAGAUAAACAAAUACGCGUUCUCUGGCGGACAGGCCACGGUAGAGGAGCACAGGGAGAAAGGCGGUAACACAGACGUUGACAUAUCCUUCAAGUAUCUCACCUUCUUCCUUGAAGACGACGAUUAUUUGGCAUCGAUUAAAAAAUCUUACGAAUCCGGAGAAAUGUUGACUGGAGAAUUGAAGAAAAUCGCGAUAGAUACAAUAACACCUAUCAUACAGGAGUACCAGGCGCGCAGAGCUAAGGUCACCGAUGACGUCAUGCAAGAGUUCUUCAAAAUCAGACAAAUUAAAGUAUAACCUCAAAAUGUAUGCUAUAUUUUAUUGUUGUAAAUAUAAGCGUAUUUGAAAAUGCAAUUUUUAUGGUAUAUGCGAUUCCUAUUUAAUGCUAUGUUUAACAUAUGAUUUAUUUAUUUUUAUUUAUCUGUGACAAUUUUUUUAUUAAUUAUUUUGAUAGAAGGAGUACCCGGAGAGCAUAAGCGUAAAUGUAUAGACAUCGAAAGAAAAAAAACAGUAAAUUUUAAUAGUUCCGGUUAUUUAAAUUUUUCGUUUUUUAUUGACAUUGUUAUGCUGUAGAAUUUUUGCUAUUGUUUAGCAAAAGGCGCGUAAAGUUUAAAAAUAU